AUGAAAAUAUUGCUUAUUCCUGCUGCACUCUAUUUUGUUAUUACUGGAUGGUUCUUAUUAACUGAUUCUAAGUUACCCUAUUACCCAUUUUAGCAUCUCUUCUAUUUGAUUCCCUAUGUAAAAUACAUAUGUAAUUAGCCAUAAAUAUAAUCUUUGUUAAUCAUCUCAUUGGGAGUUUGUGUAUUCCUAGACAAGAGGCCGCUCCUGUAUAUUUUCCUGUUGUUAGCCCUUUCAGAUAUGAGUAUCAUAUUAUACGAAGCCUAUUCUCUCUACAUGCAGGAAUUGAGUGAGGCACUUAAUCAGUAACAAUCGCAAUUUAUCGUUAAGUGUUGGGUACAAGUGCUUCCUCUUAGGCAUUAUUUUGGAAUCAAUGCGAAACAAUGUGGAAGUACAGAUAAGCAAAGAAAAAUGAAAGAG